UGCAUCUGCAGCCACCGAAGUGAGGGGGCAAUUUCGGGACUUUUCCCGACGUGAUGGAGCCGAAAGAUUGUCUGUGAUAUUGCCCUUCCGGCGCAUGGUCUGGAUGGCCCUCAUCUGUGACUACGGAAGCUUCUGCAUCUCUGCAUACUAAUUGGCAGGCGGAUGUGCGCGUCUGUUGAGAAAUGUCAUCAUGACUCGGUUGCUGAGUGGGGGAGACUUCCCGAUGGCACAUUGAGUGGAUAGUCCCCCUGGAGCAUCUCCCAGGGUUGACGCUGCGACUCAAGACUUCAGGACCAGUGACUCGACCAUGCGUGCGGAAUUCCUCCUUUUUCCUGCACUUCCCCCCCACCCGGAGAUAAGGUUGACGGUUGUAACGUUUAGCCCCCUUGUCAGCGCCGCCUCGGCUGUCACCCUCACUAGUAGGACUUGCCGCAGGACUCCCCACCGAACUGGGAUGCUACUUCAAACAAUGCUGACUGAGAGUUUCAUGUCCUCUCACUCACUGGAAGAUCGCGAUAGGAUACCGCAGGUCCAUCUUCUUUUUUCCCUUGCUGCGAAUGUUGGAGACACCAGAUCAUUUGUCCCAAAGGAGCAUGUGGGCCUUACUUUUAACGAAUCCAAUGAUCGUCAGUUUUUAGCCCCCCUAGCGCAGCUGCCGCAACAAGAACAACAGAAGGUUGCCUGCUUAUUGGUAGACACGGCUCGUGGCCUCCACUCCCGGCAGAUGCCUCAACUCGGGGUCGGUUGGGAUCCAAACCAAAGUGACGCGAUGGAGUACUUGGGAGCCAAGUUGCUGACAAAAAGAGAGUCGGGGACCUCUGUGCGCAGUCCCAAGGGGACUCAUAACAUUCUCCAUAGACUGCCGAGGUAGGAAGGGAGCGUCCAUUAUCUUCUGGCUGAUAUAUACUUUGUUGGUCCCGUUAUAGACACCCCAAGAGGUAAGGAGAGGCAUAGCCUCGACUCCGAGUAUGGACGUGCAGCGGAUAGAUCUGUCCGAGAACUGCAGGAGAAGUGAUGUCACAAUAUCUAAAUCUGGAUAUCUUUAAUUACUGU